AUGGCGACGUUGGGAAGGUUCGAUCAGUUCAUCGAGGACGGUGACGAAGAUUUUCAGUCCUACGUGGAGCGGUUCGACCACUUCCUGAAGGCCUCCCAGGUGAGCGACGACCUGAAGGUGUCAGUGUUCAUAACGGCAAUAGGAAAGAAGGCCUAUAAAACUCUGAAAACGUUGCUGGAGCCAGAAAAGCCAGAAAACAAGACGUACGCACAGUUAGUACAGACACUGAAAGAGCAGUACGUUCCCAAAACUUCCGUGAUUGCCGAGCGUUUCAAAUUCAAUCGUUGUUUCCAACAAGAUGGGCAAGCGGUGACAGCCUUCGCUGUAGAGCUGAAGCGGUUGGCGACAUCCUGUGAUUUCGGAACGUUUCUGGACGACGCUCUGCGCGACCGGUUUGUGGCAGGACUUUGUGACAAAGAAACACAAGCAGAGCUGCUAAAGACAAGCAAGCUGGCUUUUAAAGAGGCCUGCGAUAUCGCUAGGAGUAUCGAGUUGGCCCGGAAAGAAAGCCAGGAUUUUCAGCCCAAGUCGGCGCAAGGAAUGAUCAGCGCCCUUAACCGCAAAACAGAUAGCGGGAAACGCCCACCACACUGGAGAGAAGAAACUUCGGGGAUGCCUGCUGGCACCAGGGGGGCGGAACGACUGCACUGUUUCCGAUGCGGCUCAGAGCAUGAAGCAUCUAUCUGCAAAUUUCGCAAGUACCGUUGUCGGGUGUGUAAACGGGUUGGACACUUAGCGAAGAUGUGUAGGGACAGAGGUAGAGACGCUGCGAACGUGAUAGACGAGGAAAGUGACGCGGGUGAACAUGUGCUGUACAAUAUCUAUUCCUGUGAGGGGCGCACCAGACUCUACGAAAUUUGCUUGAAGCUAGAUCAGAAAAGUGUGCGCAUGCAGAUUGACACAGGGGCGUCUGUGUCAAUUGUACCAGAGUCACUGUGCAAGCAAUCCCAGCCUACCUUUAGAGCCAUGCAGUCUUAA